AUGACUUCCACAGCUAUAGUCGGUUCUACCGGCCUCGUCGGCUCCUCAAUCCUCUCAACCCUCCUAACCCACCCCUCCAUAACAACCAUCUCCUCGCUCUCCCGCCGCGCUCCCUCUACCACAGACCCCAAACUCACCCCUCUAAUCGACGCCGACUCAUCGCAAUGGCCUAGCAAACUCUCCUCCCUCACUCCACCCCCUUCAAUCUUCUUCUCCGCCCUCGGUACCACUCGCGCAGCAGCCGGCUCCUUAGCCGGCCAACGCGCCAUCGACUACGACCUCAACCUCUCACUCGCGCAAGCCGCAAAGGCUGCUGGCGUGAAAACAUACGUCCUCAUCUCAACUAGCGGCGCAUCCCCCACCUCGCCCCUCGCAUACCCGAAGAUGAAGGGUGAAUUAGAGGAGGCUGUCAAGGCGCUCAAUUUCGAGAAGACGAUUAUCCUACGUCCGGGCCUGAUUGUUGGGGCAAGAGAGGAGAGUCGACCCGCGGAAUGGGUGGUGAGGAAGAUUGCGGGCGCGAUGGGGACGGUUGCGAACGGGUUGAAGGACUUUUGGGCGCAGGAUGCGGGGGUGAUUGCUAAGGCGGCUGUUAGUGCGGGAUUGAAGGCGGAGAAGGGGGAGGGGGAGAAGGUUUGGACGGUGGGACAGGCGGAGAUUGUUAGGUUGGGGAGGACGGAGUGGAAGGUUUAG